AAUGCAUCACCAGCGGAAGAGGAGACGUUCGGACUCGGAAGAGGACUGCCACUAUGCCCGAAGACACUCUCCAGACUCUCAGAGGAGACAUGAUAAGCGCAAGAGGUCCAGAAGCCGCGAGCGCCACGAUGAGCGGCGCCACCACCACCGCAGGGAGGAGGACGAGCGGCGCAGGGAGGACAGCUUCUCCGAUGCGUCCUCCAACGGCAGCUUCGCCCAUUCCGGAAGCGUCCACCGGCCCAAGUGGAGGGAGGACACCUCCAAGCGGAAGUACCGCAGCAAGAGGCCGCACCGCUCCCGCUUCCACGGGGGAUCACGGGUGAGUCCCUACGCCUACUCGUCCGUCUGUUCUCUUUUCGGAUGGGGUGUUAUGGGGUCGGAUGAGGGGUCGUCUCGAGCGAGCGACUUCAGGCCAGAGGUCGCGAUGGGUCGAACCGACUCUCGGAUGUGA